UCCUUACCUCAACCCCUAAAAUAAGGACAUUUUUCUUCUACUUCCGUUCUUACCACCAUUUUAAUUUAUAAAAUCAAAAUACUCUUUUUCUCUUUUAAAUCACUAAUUUUAAUCAAAGAAAAUAUACAUUUAUAUAUUAUAGAUUUCCCACUUGCAUUUACUCCUCCUUAUCUCUCCCCUCUUGUUGUAUGCAGCUACACACAACUAAUAAUACCCAAAAUUUAAUUUUCAGAUCCAAGAUCUGGACUUUCACACGCUAAGUGCUGCUACUUUCUUUAUUGCUUCUGUAAUGAUUUGAGAAUCAUAUUCUUUUGAUCUAUUAAUCAUGCAACGGAGGCAACCUACUUCCACGCGUCGCAAUGGAAGCUUUCCAUUCGCUGGGGCCCUGAAUGCGAAAUCAAAAUCAUCACCCUUGUUAUCUAUAUGCUUGGUCCUUGUGGGAGCAGUUCUUCUACUUGUCUAUGCUUUUAGUGGACCAGGUUUAUUUGGAGGCACCAAGAUAGUCAGCAAGAUUGAAGGUGAUUUUUCAUGCACAUUGGAGUUGCAAAGAGCAGUAACCAUCUUAAAGAAAGCGUUUGGCAAUAGCAUGCGCAAAGUUUUGCAUGUAGGUCCCGAUACCUGCUCUGUGGUAUCUAAGCUAUUGAAAGAAGGUGAAACAGAAGCAUGGGGCAUAGAACCAUAUGACAUAGAAGAUGCUGAUGGAAACUGCAAAUCACUUGUGAACAAAGGCAUUGUACGUGUUGCAGAUAUCAAAUUCCCUCUACCCUAUAGGGCAAAGUCAUUUUCCCACGUUAUUGUGUCAGAUGCAUUGGAUUAUCUAUCCCCCAAAUACCUGAACAAAACUCUUCCAGAAUUCGCAAGGGUUUCUUCUGAUGGUCUUGUUAUAUUUACCGGUUCCCCUGGUCAGCAGAAAGCAAAAGUAAACGAGUUAUCAAAGUUUGGACGACUGGCCAAAAUGCGAAGCUCGUCUUGGUGGAUUCGAUUUUUUGUCCAAACAAGCUUAGAAGAGAACGAAGCUGCUGCCAAGAAAUUUAAGCAAGCAGCAUCCAAGCAGUCUUACAAGCCCGGCUGCCAAGUUUUCCAUCUCAGUUCAUACCAUUGAUAUCAAAUCACAAGAUAUGGAAUUAUUUUCUCACUCUUUUUGUCUCCUUUUCUUGUCAUUCUAAUGUUGUAAACAAACAUAAAAGAAGCUGGGGAGGUGGAGAAUCCGCUUUGAUGUACGCUUUUUGUCUUUUUCUUUUGAUAUGGUGGGUUGGGGGAAUAUUAUUGGCGCAAAAUUGUCAACCACAGGAGAUUUUAGUGUCUCAAGUUCUUACGUUACAAUAUAUUAAUUAUUUUUAUUUAAUGAGAUAGAUACAACUGAUAUUCA